CUAUAAUGAACAUAUCAUGACCUGCUACAGUCAUUAAUUCUUUCUUCUAUCGUCCCUCGCAACCAGUUGAGAUGAGAUCCUUCAUUUCACUUCUGAGCUUCACGGCCCUUGCGGCUGCCGGUGCCAUAAAGCGCCAAAGCGGCCCUGUUGACCCAACUACAGACCCAGAUUGCAGUUACUACGACACUGCCUACAGUGAGACUGAUAACUGCCAGUAUUUUGAAAAUUACUGGGGGAUCGACCAUGCCACCUUUGUCACUUGGAAUCCAUCGGUCAAAAGUGACUGCAGCGGGAUCAAAGUUGGGAACUCGUAUUGUGUGGAGGUUACUCGCAAGCCAGAGCCAACAAGUUCCACUCCGGUAUCCACAUCGGCAUCUCCGUCUCCAACCAAGCCAGCUAAGCCUUCACCAACUCAAGAAGGCCUCAUUGAGUCAUGUACCGACUUCUACUUUGCUGUCGCCAACGACAACUGUCAAAAGAUUGCAAAGAAAUAUGGUACCUUCACAGAAGCACAGUUCAUCGAAUGGAAUCCAGCAGUUGGCUCUGACUGUGGGGGCAUCUGGGCCAAGACCUACUACUGUGUUGGCAUCCCCGGAACCCCAACAGCGCCGCUAACCUCGACAUCUGUUGCACCAUCAUCGACUGCCCCUGCCAAGCCAUCACCAACGCAAGAAGGCCUGAUUGAGAGCUGUACGAAGUUCUACUUCACUGUCAAAAACGACAAUUGUGCCAACAUCGUCAAAAAGUACGGCACCUUCACUCUGCGUGAGUUUGUCACCUGGAAUCCAGCUGUCGGUGAGGACUGUAGUGGUAUCUGGGCUGAUACCUACUACUGCGUUGGCAUCCCUGGGACGCCUUCUGCUCCUCCCUCUUCUAGCGUUGUGCCCACAACGGUCAAACCUACAGCCACUGGAAAUGGCAUCUCAACGCCGCUACCUACGCAGCCUAACAUGGUUUUAAACUGUAACAAGUUUCAUUUUGCUGCAAAGGGUGUUAGAUGCGGCGAUAUCCUUAGCUCUGAGAAGAUCACCCAGGCCGAUUUCACCAAAUGGAACCCGUCAGUCCUUGACGACUGUUCUGGUAUGUGGGCCGAAGUAAACCUCUGUGUUGGUGUUAUUGGAGGAAUAGCUUCCACUACCACAACCACAAAGCCAAGUACCACCACUACAACCGCCGGAAAUGGCGUCCAGACUCCACAGCCCACGCAGCCAGGGAUGAUCACCUACUGCAACAAGUUCCAUUUUAUAUUCGAAGGCAACACGUGUUCACAGAUCCUCUCCUACGACAAAAUCACACUUGCAGACUUCGUUAAAUGGAACCCAUCUGUGAAGGAUGAUUGCUCGGGUAUGCAGGCACUAGUCAACGUCUGCGUUGGUGCCAUCGGAGCAACGACUACAGCAACAACUACAGCAAAGCCCCCACCUACAACAACAACAUCGGCCGGGAACGGCAUUCAAACUCCUCAACCGACGCAGCCUGGAAUGGUGACUAACUGCAAAAAGUUCCACUAUGUAGAUAUCAACAAUACCUGCGGCCAGAUUGUCAGCUACGAGAAGAUUACUAUGGCUGACUUCGUGAAGUGGAACUCCGGUGUUGGAUCUGAUUGCAAAAACAUGUGGGCCCAAACCCAUGUAUGCGUUGGGGUGUAAGAUCUCUAGAUGGUCGAAUGUCAUGUACACUUCUUGGAAGUUGAUAGGGAUGAGAGCAUGUAUUGUUAGAACCUUGAGCUUUCAUUGUUCUGCUGUCAGCUUAUCUAGAGUUUUGGGCCUG